UUUGCCCUGCCUACACUCCCCUCUCACGGCGAAGAGGCGGCACUUCUCCGGGACUUUGGCGCUGGAGGAGUCGUGUCUCUGCAGAACAAAGCGCUGUUUAUGUCCCGGUUAAUGUUUAGCCUGAGGGCGGGCAGCUCGUGGCCGCUUAGCCGUGUCUCAGCGCUCCUGACCCGGCGUGACUCUGCUGCACACAUGUCUUCCGGCUCUCACUGGCUCUCUUCUUCCGAGCGCGAGCAGCUUUUGUCUGAGCUCCAAGAGUCAGGAUGGAUCGAGGUGGAAAACCGAGAUGCUAUCUUUAAAGAACUACACUUCAAAACCUUCAACCAGGCAUUUGGCUUCAUGUCCCGUGUGGCUCUUCAGGCUGAGAAGAUGAACCAUCACCCUGAGUGGUUCAACGUUUACAACAAGGUGCAGAUCACACUGACGACUCACGACUGCGGAGGUCUGUCCAAGAGAGACAUUAAAAUGGCCAAAUUCAUUGACAAAAUUACACUUUCAAAUUAGCAUUAUUUUUCUGUGAGUUUGUGUUCUAAUCAUGUGAGGUUUGAUCCACUGUAAUAUUUUGUACAAUAAACAUAUCUGUAUUUAGAGGUGUGUAGCCUGUUACUGUUUCCAGGCAUGAACAGGCUAUGGAUGCAGAGGACACCACCUGCCACUAGGGGAGCUCUUACUUUGCAUUGCUGAUGGUUUUAAAGAUAUAAGAUGUAACUUGUGCUUCUAUUGGUUGAUCCUUUAGCUGUCUGCAAUAGCGGUGACAUUGGCGGAUUUGUCGCCUUUUUCCUUUAACUCUUUUAAAUGUGUUUAUUGUGUGUUCUGUUGCUGUCGGCCCAAAGUAAAACUCAGUCAAGUUAAAGUGGAGCAAUCAAUUCAAUCAAAAUCAAAUACAUUUUUGCUACUAAACUGUAUAGAGUUUUAAUAGUAUUGUCUACUGUUUUUGAUCCAUGUUUUGAGUGCGUGCUGCCUUCAGUGGCCACUUCAAUUUCAAGUACUAUGUGACACGACACAGCACUACCCUGAUUACAGCCAGGUGUUUCUGAUUACCUGGCUGAACCUGGAGUUUGAAACGUGGUAGUGGGUGUAGUUUCGGGUUUAGUCCGGCUUUAAAUGCAGUUAAGUCAAAGUUGAAAUAUCUGAUCUGUAAUUUGGCCUGUUGGCAUGAUCAUCUGCUUGUCUCCAUGGAGAUAGAAACGGUUAAUGUCAUACUGUGCAACAUUCCAGGCAAAGCAAUAGCAACGCCAUUUAGACAACCACAUGAAAAAUGACAUAAUAACAUUUAACGUUUGCUUUGCUCCUGUUUGGUCUCAUGUCUGUGUGUGGCCGUAACAGGAGUGUAAUUGCUUGGCUCUGCAGAGAUGCGUGGACAUUUACAGAGAACAGGAGGACAGCAGCAGCAACGUGAGACCCACAAAAUGAAGUUUACCAUCGAACAGCUCCACAGAAGUCCCGAGUCCUGUCUGUAAGUCUGUGGAUAAAAAUCAGCUCGUAAUGUGGAGUUAUAGUGGUUUGGGAGAAAACUCAAACUUAAGCCAAAAAUCCUCUGUGAG